GGACACACAGACAGACAAGGACGCUCCAGAGCCGCGAGCUGGGGACGGCGGUGCCCUGAGACGCGCGCAAGACCCUCUCUUGAUUUUUACCGCUCCGUUAAAUCUUCACGUCCACCUCACUUGGGGGGGGAACUGUGUCACCAAGAAGACGGGAAGGAUUCUAUGUGGAGAAUAACUUUUAUUUUAGACAGAUCUCUAGAAUUUGUGGAAUAACUAACGCAACCUUUCUUUUUCAAACAAGGAUUUCCACCUGUUUAAAUCAAAGAGGAGCAGAGGACGUUUCAUUUUGGAACUAUAAGAAAAUAACGCCGGUGAAUACAUUCGGGAUUUUCUGAACCCAUUUUACGCACUGGGAGCGCAGCACUCGGAACUAACGGGCAUCCAGAACUCCUCUCUGAGUUUUCCCUCCUUUUAUCCCGAUCACGUCAUUUUAUUCCCUAUGAAGACAACAUUUCAUAAGAUGCGUUUUGUGGACUUAUCCUAGGACUUAUUAUCCCCGGGGUUUUGGAAUUGGUGUAUGCCCUGAGAACGCACCGAGCUCCGGUCACUGACAGCAUGCAUCAAAGGGACUGCUAACUUGCUCAAGGUUCGUGUGAAUCUCGGGGGUCGACUGAUGCAGCCAUGGGCCGAUUGCUGGAUCUUUGAGAGCGACCUUCCUCCCCCUCCUUCUACACCGCAUCCUUCUCUUCUCCCCCCUCCUCCUCCUUCAUAUCUUCUUCCUUUGCCCUGCACAGCUGGAAGAGGAGUCCUCUGAAUCAAGGGAACCGGCAAUCAACCUGUGACACCAUCGCCUUCUCUUCAUCUGCAAAUCAUGACCAGCACAGAUUGGAUUCCUGGCCAAAGAAGAUGGCUUCUCCCGGUGCUACUACUGUAUGUUGUCCCUUUGCUGCUAAUGCAGGGUCCAUGUCAGGCAGCGCCGUCAGGUCCAGAGUCUGACUCCUGUUCCACUUUAGUCCAGAGCCGCUUCUUUGGCUUCUUCCUGUCAUCGUCAGUGUUCCCCACCACACCUUGUUCUUGGACCUUGCAGAACCCGGAUCCCCGGCGAUACACCAUCUUCCUCAAGGUCACCAAACCCACCAAGGACUGCAUACCAUUACAACUUCGCACAUUCCAAUAUGAUUCCUUCCUGGAAACCACACGUACCUACCUGGGCAUGGAGAGCUUUAACGAGGUAGUGAGGCUGUGCGAUGCCUCCGCUCCCGUGGCCUUCCUGGAGGCUGGAAAGCAGUUCCUCCAAAUGAGGAAGGGACUCCCUCGGGCGGGCACACCCGUCACAGAAGGCAACGGGGACUUCAAAACGGAGUUCCUCGUGGUGGGAAAGCGUAAUCCAAGCAUGGCCGCCUGUCAGAUGCUGUGUCAGUGGCUCGAGGACUGCCUUGCUUCCAGCACGUCUAACAGGCCCUGUGGCAUCAUGCAGACUCCGUGCAUGUGCUGGGAGCCCCCGCCGCAGCUCAGCGAGGGGGAUAGCUGCUAUCACAAUGGAGUAUACCUGGAAAACUGUUUACCCAGCGUGAGGGAGAUUGGAAAAGACGCUGAGAUAAAUGGUGGCUGGAGUGUAUGGGGUCAGUGGGCACAUUGCAGCAGCGAGUGCGGAGGCGGGAUUCAAAUCCGGACUCGGUCCUGCCAGUCUCCCCCAGAGGACUCGUACCUGUGUGAGGGGGUUGUCGAGGAGGGCCGACCCUGCAACUCUCAGGCCUGCACGGGCAAAGGUCGCCAUCUCUCUCGCAGCCAAUCGCUUCGCUCGGUGGACAGCCGCAAGCGUGACGACGUAGACAAGCCCCGCAGCGGACCGCAGAGCCCUCAGACAGUAGACUCAGCUUCAGGUGAGGAGUGGUCAGCGUGGAGUGUGUGUUCUGCCACGUGUGGGGAGGGCUGGCAGAGUCGCACUCGUUUCUGUGUGUCCUCCUCCUACAGCACCCAGUGUAGCGGGCCACUGCGAGAGCAGAGACCUUGCAACAACUCUGCUGUCUGUCCAGCUGCUCUGAUUGCAGUGCAUGGCGCUUGGGACGAGUGGUCGCCGUGGAGUUUGUGUUCGUCGACCUGUGGCCGAGGUUACAGGUCUCGAACACGGACCUGCACGCCCCCUCAGUUUGGGGGAGAUGUCUGCGAGGGCCCCGAGAAACAAACCAAAUUCUGCAACAUAGCGGUCUGUCCAGUGGAUGGAGUGUGGAACGAGUGGUCCAGCUGGAGCUCAUGUUCAGCCUCCUGCUCCAACGGGACCAUGCAGAGAACCAGGGAGUGUAACGGACCCUCGUAUGGAGGCUCGGAGUGCAGGGGAGAGUGGCUGGAGACUGUUGACUGCUUCCUCGGGGAUUGUCCAGUGGAUGGGAAGUGGCAGCCGUGGUCUCUGUGGUCGGGCUGUUCCAAAACCUGUGGAGGCGGCAGCCAGCAGAGGAACAGGAUUUGUUAUGGGCCCUUCUCUGGGGGUCAGCCCUGUCCUGGAGAUCGAGAAGAGGUCCGACGCUGCAACGAAAAGAGAUGUCCAGAACCUCAUGAAAUAUGUGGCGAGGACAACUUCUCCAAUGUGGUGUGGAAGAUGACUCCAGCAGGGGACACAGCGGCAGUACGCUGUCCUCCCAAUGCCGUGGGGCUUAUCCUUCGCCGCUGCUCCCUGGAUGACGAGGGUAUGGCCUACUGGGAGAAUCCUACCUAUAUGAAAUGUAUAUCCAAUGACUAUCGCAGUAUACAAACUUUGACACGAGAGCACUUAUCCAAAGCACAGCGUGGCCUUGUGGGAGAUGGAGUUUCAGAGGUGAUGACCAAGCUGCGGGUGACGUCCAGCGACGGGACCAGCUACAGCGGCGAUCUGUUGGCCAUCGUGGACGUUCUGAAGAAUAUGACCGAGAUCUUCAGGAGGGCGUACUACAGUCCCAGCGGAGCGGACAUGAGGAACUUUGUGCAGUCAGUCAGCAAUCUGUUGAUGGAGGAGAACAGAGAGCGAUGGGAGGAAGCACAACUGCUGGGGCCGAACAUCAAAGAGCUGUUUCGUUUGGUCGAGGACUUUGUGGACGUCAUCGGCCUGAGGAUGAAAGAUUUUCAAGACACGUAUGAAGUCACAGAUAACCUAGUUUUGAGCAUCCACAAGCGUCCAGUGGUUGGUCAUGCAGACAUCAGCUUCCCGAUGAAAGGCUGGAGGGGCAUGGUGGACUGGGCUCGCAGCUCUGAGGACCGAGUCACAAUCGCCAAGAACAUCCUGUCCACAGGAAAGCCAGAUGCAGACGAGUCCUCGACAUUUGUGACCGGCAUCGUUCUGUACAGAAACCUGGGCAGUAUUCUGAAUCUACAGAGAAACAGCACAGUCAUGAACUCCAAGGUGUUGUCAGUGACCAUCAAGCCCACCCCUGCUUCCCUCUCUGCUCCUGUUGUGGUCGAGUUUUCUCACCUGUACAACGGAACAGCCAACCAGACCUGUAUAUCCUGGGAUGAGAGCGACAGCUCCUCUCUGCUGGGAUCCUGGUCUGCCAGGGGCUGCAAAGCCGUGCUAGUCGACUCGUUCAGAACCAAAUGCGUGUGUGACAGACUGUCCACCUUCGCCAUUUUAGCACGGCUAAAUCCCGAAAUGAACAUGGAUAAGACACAGCUGCCGUCUGUGACGCUCAUCGUGGGCUGCGGGGUUUCUUCGCUGACAUUGCUGCUGCUCAUCAUCAUCUAUGUGUCCGUGUGGAGGUACAUUCGUUCUGAGCGCUCGGUCAUCCUCAUUAACUUCUGCCUCUCCAUCAUCUCGUCCAACGCCCUUAUUCUGAUAGGACAGACUCAGACACGGAAUAAGGUCCUAUGCACUCUGAUCGCCGCGUUUCUUCAUUUCUUCUUCCUGUCGUCGUUCUGUUGGGUCCUGACGGAGGCGUGGCAGUCGUACAUGGCGGUGACGGGCCGCCUCAGGAAUCGAAUCAUACGCAAGCGCUUCCUGUGCCUCGGCUGGGGUCUCCCUGCACUAGUGGUGGCGAUCUCAGUGGGAUUCACCAAAGCAAAGGGAUAUGGAACGCCAAGCUACUGCUGGCUGUCUCUGGAAGGAGGCCUCCUCUAUGCAUUUGUUGGACCUGCUGCAGCUGUUGUCUUGGUUAACAUGGUUAUUGGGAUUCUCGUAUUUAACAAACUGGUGUCCAAAGACGGCAUUACAGAUAUGAAACUAAAGGAGAGGGCGGGUCAGAUGACAGUGCCACUGUACAAUAUGACGCUCAAAUGUGCCAAGUGCGGAGUUAUCUCUUCGGCUGACGUUUCCACCACAGCUACCAGUAACGCCAUGGCGUCGCUGUGGAGCUCCUGUGUGGUUCUGCCCCUCCUGGCCCUCACGUGGAUGUCGGCCGUCCUCGCGAUCACAGACCGGCGCUCUGCACUCUUCCAGAUCCUCUUCGCCGUCUUUGACUCGCUGGAAGGCUUCGUCAUCGUCAUGGUGCACUGCAUCCUGCGCAGAGAGGUUCAGGAAGCAGUCAAGUGCCGAGUGGUGGACCGCCAGGAGGACGCUAACGGAGACUCAGGAGGAUCCUUCCAGAACGGCCACGCUCAGCUCAUGACUGACUUUGAGAAAGACGUGGAUAUUGCUUGCAGAUCAGGCACUGUGAAGCGCUCCUCUCUUCAGGGUGAAGAGAAAGCCUCCGCUGGGACCCUCACCCUUCAGAAGGGUUCCAACUUCAACACCAUGCCGGCCAGCAUGGCCAAGGUCCACCUCCAGAACGUGGCCGACUACACCAGUCACACCCUCACACUGCGCAGGGAGAAGGGCGCCGCCAAGGGAAUCAGCACCGAGCUCCCCGGGGCCAAAUCCAUCUACAUCUGUGACGGGGAGCUCUUCAAGCAGCUGGAUGGAGAGCUGCCGCGGGGGAACGGCGAGGGCAGCAGCUCCGACGGUCCGGGCAAAGGCCAGGGUUACGUCAUCCUACCGACGAACAACACGGGCACGAUGAAAGCGUCCAAAGCGGGGAAAGAAGAUCAGGCGGCCAAGUACAACAUCGGCAUCGAGCAGCUGCCGCAGACCAGACUCGUCCACCUGGUGAACCCGGUCAGCGGGGAACCAAUGCCUGGAUUCGGGCUGAAGACCCUUCCUGCCGACCAGAUCAGCGUGUCGUGCUCUGACAGAGACUCGCCCGCACACAACCUGCAGACCAUGCCCAGAGACCCACAGGUGGCCAACAGUAUGGGUGAUGGAGGAGACCCCGGAAACUGCGGUGUGAUGUCCAAGAGUGAGACCGUCUCCACGUUGUCCAUGAGCUCACUGGAGAGACGAAAAUCACGCUAUGCAGAGCUUGACUUUGAGAAGAUAAUGCACACCCGGAAACGCCACCAGGACAUGUUUCAGGACCUGAACAGGAAGAUUCACAGUGCAGACAAGGAUAGAGAGUCUCCACCUGUUGAUGCCAAAGCUGCCAAACGAUGGAGCGUGUCCUCUGCCAGCAGCGACAAGACCAACAUGAGUGACAAGCAGCAGACCCCAAGUAAGAGGGCGUGGGAGGGCAUCAGGAAGACCCACUCCCCCCCGUCCUGGGUGAGGAAGGACCUGGAGACGGUGGCGGCCUCCCCUCUGGAGCUGCAGACGGUGGAGUGGGAGAAGAACAGCGCCACCAUCCCUCUGGUGGGCCAGGAGAUCAUGGACCUCCAGACGGAGGUGUGACCCAAAACUGUCCGGAUUCAUACCCCACAAGUCUCCUAUUUGUUUUUCCAGACAAACAAGCAGACACCCCCCCCCCCACACACACACACACUGCCCUGCUCUGUUCUUCUACCCGAAGGGCUGGAUGAAGCCCACCGCGAGAACGUGAGGGGAGAAGGAGGAGGAGGAGGGAGGAGAGAGAAGAAGUUGAAAUAUCAGAAAAAUUCAUGAAAAACUGAUUCAAAAGAGAGGCGGGAACAUGGCGUCUCUUUCUGUGUUCUUUUUCUUUUGACGUUUGGACGGUGUUUUUUUUUUGUUUUUUUGGUCUGCUGGUCAUCUUUUUGUGUAUGAUCUCAGAUACCUUGACGGCCCACAUGUGGAGACGGGAUUCUGCAACUAUAUGUGCAUCAUAUAGUCAUGUAAUAAAACAGCAUAGCAACGGUAACCAUGCGAUGUUUACCCCUGAAUUAAACGAGUACAACGUAAUAAUCAUGAUCAUGUUUUUUUGUUAUUUUUUUUUACUUUUGAGAGUAUCGUUGCCUCUCUGUUCUUGCUCUCUCUUUCUCCUGAUGAACGCUGAUGUUGAAACGAUGCCUCUGGACAUGUUUCCUUUCAUUCUUAUCUUCAAAUGGGAAAACAACAACAAACGUUUCAGGAGGCAGACUACCAAAACACACACCCAUGUGCCCCCUAAAAUGCCGUUUUCCUCCCUCCCCCCCCCCCCCCCCAGCGUUACAACCCCUCCUGAAAACCCUGCUGGCUCUAGAACCUCUGUGACCCUAGGGGAGGGGGAGGGCAAAAUCAGCCCUGCGGUGACAAGAAAGGGUGUCGACAUGAGUCAAAAUGGCAACCGACGGACACCUCAGAGACGCCAGAGAGCGGGCCGGCGGGCUUUGCACUCUCAACCUCAAUGCCGCGAAAACGUGGACGUCGGCGUCGGUGCAUCCACGCUGUUUUGGGGCGAACAAGCAGGCCGGGUACAGUGAAUGCAAAAUUAAUGGUCGAAGAUGCAAAAUGAAAAGGGUACUUGUGUAUGUAUGUGUGUGUCAUGGAAGAGGAAUAUAUGAGUAGCUCUAUAAAUAUAUAUGGUAUGAAGAUGAUCUGGGUUAAUGGCGCUCGAGUUCAUCGGAGGGUUGCACACAGAGAAAGCACAAAGGCUCACUCAGAGUCCUGAUGUACAGCAUUGUAAUUAUUUCAACAGAGUUCUACAGAAUGGAUUUUAGCCUAUAAAUAUCUUUCUUACUGUGCUUGGGGAUAGUUGUUCUCAUUAUUAUUAAUAUGAACAUGAUUAUUCUGAUACUGAUCCUCCCGUCCCCGUCCCCCCCCUCCUCCCCUGUCCUUUCAGGGUACUGGACUAUACGAGUGUUCUGUAUCGCAAUGUAACAGUGUGUGUUUUGAUAUCACCGCCAGUCACUCCCUCAGAUCUGUAUUUGUCAAAAAAACCCUGACCUCGGACCCCUCUUAAACCCACUCCCACCCUGCCACACAUGCCCCCUCCACCUCCUCCUCACUCCCCUUUUUAUUUUACUGGGGUCGCCUCUUUGUUAAUGUACAGUUUUCAGAGCACAAAAUGAAUGUGUCUUAUUUCUAAUAAAAGCAUAUAAGCAUACAAUAAAAAAAAACAAC